AUAAACAAACCUGGAGAACAGAUUAGGCCAGAGAGGUUACCAGAACCAGGCCAGGAUGGGCCUCAAGUGCCAAGCUGAGGAGCUGACACCAUCCUGAGGGUGAUGAGGAAGGGUUUUGAGCUGGGGAGGAACCUGGAGGAUGUAAGUCAGAAAGACCCCUCCAGCCACGCUGAGAGGAAGUCCCCACCAUACACUGAGACCUUGGCGGGGUCACUUCCUUUUGGGUCUCCUCUCCUCUUCUGUAAGCGGGGGAGAAGAUUGCCCCCACCCCACAAAGGCUAGUGCCUCCCUUCCGAGUCAGGCAUUAGUGAGCUCCCAGGUGGUGUGAAGCCCCACUCCUCUCCUGCCUGGUUUCCACUUUAUUCCACAAACAUUUAUUAAGCACCUACCAUGCACCAGACACUUUCUCCGCCCUGGGGCCAUAUCGGAAGGUCUUUGACCCCCCUGAGGAGUUGGAGCGGAAGGGGCCCCCAUGGCGUCUGGACGAUGGAGGAGCAGGGCCUGGCCCCCAAGUUCGACACCACCUUCGAGAACGCGCGGCCCACGAAGACUCACAUGGCACUGGUGCAGCUGGAGCGCGUGGGCCUCCUGCGCUUCCUGGUCAGCCAGAACGUGGACGGGCUGCACGUGCGCUCCGGCUUCCCCAGGGACAAGCUGGCAGAGCUUCACGGAAACAUGUUUGUAGAAGAAUGUGUCAAGUGUAAGACGCAGUAUGUCCGGGACACCGUCGUGGGCAGCAUGGGCCUGAAGGCCACCGGCCGGCUCUGCACCGUGGCCAAGUCAAGGGGGCUGCGGGCCUGCCGGGGGGAGCUGAGAGACACUAUCCUGGACUGGGAAGACUCCCUGCCUGACCGGGACCUCACUCUGGCCGAUGAGGCCAGCAGGAACGCGGACUUGUCCAUCACGCUGGGCACCUCCCUGCAAAUCCGGCCCAGCGGGAACCUGCCCCUCGCCACCAAACGCCGCGGAGGCCGGCUGGUCAUCAUCAACCUUCAGCCCACCAAGCACGACCGCCACGCAGACCUGCGUAUCCACGGCUAUGUAGAUGAAGUCAUGACCCGGCUCAUGAAGCAUCUGGGCCUGGAGAUCCCGGCCUGGGACGGCCCCCGCGUGCUGGAGAGGGCACUGCCACCCCUGCCCCGCCCACCCACCCCCAAGCUGGAGCCCAAGGAGGAGGCCCCCGCCCAGCUCCACAGCCCAGCGCCCGCCAGCCCCAAGCAGGAGCCCGCAGCUGAGCCCGGCGCCCAGCACGACGGCUCUGGGCCCACCAGCCCCAAAAGGGAGCGGCUGGACAGUCCUGUUCCCCACAGGCCCCCCAAAAGAGUGAAGACCGAGGUGGUUCCCAGCUGACCAGGGGGCCUGGGGAGGGUGGGGCUGUUUGUAGAAACCAUGGAUUCUUUUUUUUUUUUUCUUACUGGUCUCACUUUGUUACUCGUCUCUGUCCUUGGGGGGAGACCUCAGGGCGCUGAGAGCUGGGCUCCAGGCCCCGAGGCAGACUUGCCCUCCAUUGCACCUCCCUUUAGCUUGGGGCCUCUGGAGGGGUCCUGGGAAGGAGCAGCCCCCCUGGACCCUGACCUUGGAGCUGACACCCACCCCCACCCCCUGUACCUGCUCCACCCCCCAGGCUCCAGCCUCUGACUCAGGAUGUUCCUGGGAGGUGUGGCCAGGCCCUCUGUGGUUUCCUCUGACCCCUGGGCCCUCACACUCCCCAGCCCCUGCCUGCCCCCAGAUAACCGUCACAGUCCCUCCAGGAGGGAAGGGAGGCAGGGCCAUCAUUUAGGAGCCAAACUUUGUGGCAGGACAGACAAUAGAGGCUCACACUGCCUUUGGGGCUGGAGGAGGAAGGGUGGGUCCACCUGGCUUCCUCCAGGCUUCCAGAAAAGCCUUCAAUGCAA